GGGGCUCCGCGCGUGUGGUAUCUACCGCCAUCCGACUCUCGGGAUAUUCGUGCGGCUCGGAGGGGUGACUGGGUGCAGUGAGGGAGCUCGGGGAAGCCGGGGCGCAGGGUUCUGAGCCGCGGAGACCAGGCCGGAACUCAUCGUCUCUUCUACCCCCGUGUACAGCCAUGGCUCUGCGCUACCCUAUGGCCGUGGGCCUCAACAAGGGCCACAAGGUGACCAAGAACGUGAGCAAACCGAGACACAGCCGCCGCCGCGGGCGCCUCACCAAGCACACCAAGUUCGUGCGGGACAUGAUCCGGGAGGUGUGUGGCUUUGCCCCCUAUGAGCGGCGUGCCAUGGAGUUGCUCAAGGUCUCCAAAGACAAGCGGGCCCUCAAGUUCAUCAAGAAAAGGGUGGGGACACACAUCCGUGCCAAGAGGAAGAGAGAGGAGCUGAGCAAUGUCCUGGCUGCCAUGAGGAAGGCAGCUGCCAAGAAAGACUAACCCUCUCACCACCCAUCCCCGUACACAAAUAAAAGCUUUUCAGAACCUU